AUGCCGAAGAACAAUCGACCCGCGACGUCUGGUUAUGCCCGCUUGGCCCAGGAGGAAGAGGAUAGAAAUAACGAUCCCUACGAAUACUCGGACGAGGAUGACUUGUACCAUACUUCCAGCACAAUUAAUCCGUACGGCACACAAUAUGAACCUAUUUCAACUCGAGGCCGAGGGUCCAUCCCCGCCGGGGCCCCAACAACACCGCCCGAAUACCGACGGAGACCGAGCGUACAUCACCGCCGAGGACGGCGGAAUUCGGCCGUGGAUAUCAAAGCGAUCAAUGCACGCCUAGAGCGCUGGGCGGAGGAGUUUGCCUCGAAAUUCAAAAUUCAUCGCGUGAAGGGGAAGACACUUGAAGAGGAGAAGCUGGAGAUCUACCACUCUGUUUUCCAACCGCCCAAUGGCGUUCAGCCUAUAACGGCGGAAGAGCUGGACUCGGAGGAGUCUGAAUUAGCUACGCGGAAAGCGCGGGAUGGGUUCGAGGAAGUUGUGGAGAGCGUGCGGUUGGCCAUAGAGCUCGGCGUUCACCCGCGAAUGAUCUCCCAGGGCAGCUCGGGCAGUUACUUUGCACGCAAUAGCGAAGGCAAGGUCGUCGGGGUUUUCAAACCCAAAGAUGAAGAGCCUUAUGCAUCUCGCAACCCGAAAUGGACCAAAUGGAUCCAUCGCAAUCUAUUCCCUUGCUUUUUUGGACGCGCUUGCUUGAUUCCCAACCUGUCUUACGUCUCGGAAGCUGCCGCUUAUGUACUCGACUCCCGUCUCCGGACCAACAUGGUCCCUUAUACUGAUAUUGUAUGGCUAUCGUCGAAAUCGUUCUUCUAUGAUUUUUGGGACCGAAGAAAGGCCUGGAUGGGCAAGAAAGCGCUCCCUCCGAAAGCGGGCAGUUUCCAGGUCUUCCUCAAAGGUUACAGGGAUGCCAAUCUUUUCCUGAGGGAGCACCCAUGGCCGGAUCAGACCAACACGGGAUUCCGUGCCCAAGACGCCCCGAAACGCAAGAAGCGCCCCUGGAAUGAGGCUUGCCGGCCGUCUGGGGUGCAAUCCGACGAUGAAGAUGAGGCCGAAGAGGAGGAUGAUGUCCAGACGCGCACGCCGUCCCCUCAACAGGAAAAUGGAGAGCGUCAGUUUUACUGGACGGAGAAUCUCAAACAGUCAUUCAGGGAAGAAUUGGAGAAGUUGGUCAUUCUGGACUAUAUCAUGCGGAAUACAGACCGUGGUCUGGAUAACUGGAUGAUAAAGAUUGAUUGGAACACGGAGGACGUCUCAAUAGUCGCGGAGCCGCCCAAGCAAAACGAACACCCACAGGAUGAUGAUGAUUAUUUGGUGCCUCCACGGCCGGUUUCAGUCAACUCGGACAAAGCAACAUCGCCGUCAUACCCCUAUCGACGACACGAGACGAUGCAGGCUGUGAGCCGUACAGGAACUCCUUUAAAUUCACAAGAGCCCCAAGCUACUAUCCAGAUUGGUGCCAUUGACAACAGUUUGUCAUGGCCAUGGAAGCACCCUGAUGCCUGGCGAAGCUUCCCAUUCGGCUGGCUGUUCCUACCAGUCUCACUCAUCGGACAGCCGUUCUCUCAAAAGACUCGAGACCACUUCCUACCGCUUCUGACUUCGACUGCUUGGUGGAGCGGCACACAAAUGGCCUUACGACGAGUUUUCUCACAGGACGACGAUUUCAAAGAGAGCAUGUUCGCGAGGCAGAUUGCGGUUAUGAAAGGGCAGGCAUGGAACGUCGUGGAAACAUUGAAGCACCCGGAUCAUGGUCCGCUUGAGCUUACACGGAGAACUCGCGUUUGUGUCUGGGACGACCUGGUAGAUGUCCCAGUUGCUAUUCCUCUUCGCGGGCCGUCAACGGAAGCUCAGCGACGUAAGAUCAGAAGUUACGACGACCGCUACGACCCGGACAACGAAGAAAUGGACAUUGGCGCCGCCAUGUCUAUGGCAGAUCAGGACUUGAUGGGGUUCCCAUCACCCCCCAGUGAACUGCCAAACCCGAAUCGAUUUGAGCUUUCCCGUGGCCGGACUUCUCGGGAUUCUGGGCGACCGCCGACUGCAAGCUCUACUGAUUAUGGCUUCAAUCGCGAUAGUGCCGAUGGACUCAGCCCUAGAAGGAAUGGAGACCGAAAUUGGCCGUCACUUCCUCCGCGCCCCGGGAACAAACACCAGAAGCAUAAUUCCGUUUCGAGUGCACGCGGGGCCCGUCUGAUAUGGAGCAGCGACGAUCUGGAGGGCGACCUCGGCUAUGCGGCGGCUGAGGGCAUGGAAGGAAACCAGCGCAAAGUUAUCGUCGAACGAAUAGAAGCUGUCAAGAGCAAAAACCCUGUUUUUACCUGGUGCUAG